GCCAGCCGUUCACCGAGAGGACUCGCACAUCAAACUGCUCCCUUUGGGAUGCCGUGGAUCAACUUCGUCGAGGACCAUGACUCAAAUCUCCUUCUGCCUCUCGGUUCUGCAGGAAAUUGCUCUUACUCGAAAAGAUAAAUAGGCGCGAGGGGCUUCCACAGUGUGAUUCUAAUUAAAUCAGAGUCAAACAUUCAUCCUCGAGAUCACUCACCUAGGUCUACGAGAUAGAGGACAAUCCCUUGGGACCCAUUUGAACAUACAGUGAUACCAACUUGGAAGGCUCUUGCACCCACGAAAAACAAAAUGGCCGUUACUGAAUUCCAGGAGAAAGUCUACACCCACCUCGUUCUUAUCCCCCCAGGACGUGUGACAACAUACGCCGCCCUCGCCCGCUCCCUGAAUUCUAGCCCCCGUGCAGUGGGCGGAGCUCUUCGGAACAACCCUUAUGCCCCGGAAGUACCUUGCCAUCGCGUCAUUGCGAGCGACGGUUACGUGGGUGGAUUCAAGGGUGACUGGGAAAAAGCCCCGUCUGGAGUCAACCAAACCAUGAAACUAAAAUUGCUGAAGGACGAGGGCGUCGAGUUUACCAACGAGGGAAAGUUGGUGGUCAAGGGCGGCGUCGACGUAUGGUACGAUGGACCCUGGGACAUGCAGAAGGGGAGGACGACAUUGCAGACGACCAUUGCGCAAAAGGAUCGGGUACAAGUAUGAAUGUUGGCGUAUUAAUUUUGCUGUUUCAUCUGUAUCUGUUCUCAAAAAACCCGCGCAACUCUAUUGCAUGGACAUGCCAAUUUCAUAUUCAAGGCUUGUUUUAAUGCGCCGAACCAGUCCAACACAAUCCGCCCAACGCUUACAUGCAAAAGAGAAGCCAAUCCAUUUCCACAACCUUUCCCC